AUGGCGGCCGAGGCGGUGCCGCAUGGGGGCGAGGCGCGCCUCACGGUGGCCUCUGAGUGCGGAGAGCAUUUCUCUUUUGCUCGCCAAGACAGCGUGCCCCUGUUUUUCCCUGAGUCAUCCCUCUGCGGAGGGCAUCCUUUUCCGACAGCUUCCCAGUGUCAGGCCUCGCUUUUCCCAGCCUCUUUUCAAUCUCGUCCGCCAUUGUCGAUUUGCGCUUCCUCGUCUAUGCCUCUCGAGAGCCGCCGCCCUUCUCCGUCGAUCUCCGCCGCCUCUGCGGCCUCUGCGUCGUUCGCUCCUCGCCGCCUGCGUCGGGUCGCUUCCUGCGCCUGCAUUCGCCCCGUGCCGAGUUCGUCUCUCCACGCGCGCCCACCCGACGCCCCGCCUUCUCGCGGCGAAGGCGAACGUUUUCUUUCUGCUGCGUCCGCGCUGCCGCAGACCGAGGGCCCGCGUGGCGUUGGCGCUUCUUCCGUGCGGCCUACAGCCGCCCCUGCAGCACGCGAGGGUUCGACUCCGCCUUCAGAUGCGCUCUCUUCUUUCUGUUUGUCGCCUUCUCUCUCCUCGCCCUCCCCAGCCGCCUCCUGCGCAUCGCCCGUUUCGCCUUCGCUGGCGCCGUCCGUCUGCUGGUCGCCCGCGCAGGUCUCCAGUCCCACGCCGCCUCGGCCUUGCGCGGCUCCGCGCCCUUCCCCCUCUUAUUUUGCUGCUUCUGCGCCUUCAUCCGCCUUUGCCUCUUCGGCGUUCGCGGCGUCUGUCGCGCUGUGUCUCGAAGAGGCCACGACCGCGGCGACGCCUCCCGGCGCCGCGGCGCUGCAGCAGAGAAACGGACUCGAGACCACGCUGCGACGCGACGCGCAUGCGUCCGCCUCGCUGAGGCUCCAAGGGGGACAGCCGGGCGUCGCAGCGCGCGAAGGAGCUCGCGGGGUGCGGCCUGCAGAAGCCGCGGAGCCCGCCAAAGGGCCUGGCGACAGAGAAAGCGCGGUCGCCGCGCCUCAACUCAAUUCAAGAGGUGAGAAGGAGACGCGCAGCGACGCCGAGAGCCCCACGACGCCCCGGCGCAGCGCCGUCGCAGUGCGCUUUGUGACGCCAACGCGGAGCUUUGACACAUCGUUGUCUGGGUCGUCGUCGGCUGUCGACUCCUUCGGAUCUUCUUCUUCCUUCGCGACUUCUUCGUCUCUCGGCUCUUCUUCGUCGGCGUCGCUGGCGUCGUCCUUCGUGGCUUCCGCGGCGUCUGCGACGCUCGCGUGUUCCUCGUCCUCCGCCUCCUCGGCUCUCACGCCUUCCCCUGGCGAGCUGCUGCGGCGCCUGAACGGACACCUGCGCUUCCUCUCCAGUCUCGAAUCCUCGACCCUCGCGGCUCUGCCGAGCCGCGGCGCUCUCACAGAGACAAGCCCCGUCCUCACCUGCGCGCCCGCGCGCCUCGGGGACUCAGCGCUGCGUGCCGAACGCCUGCGGCUCGCCAGAUCCGCCGAGGCCGUGGCAGCGGCGACGGCGCCAGGCUCUGCACCCCUGCCGCCACCAGGCAGCCCCUGGCGCUCUCCCUCUCCUCUCUCUACAUGCUCGUCGCUCUUCCCGUCGUCCUCGCUGCCCUCUUCGCUCUCCUCCUGCUCGCCGUCUCGCGCGGAGGCGACAGGCGUCUUGUCGCUUCCGGCGCUCUCCGCGCCGCCCGCGCUGCCCGACAGAAGGGCGCGCGGGGCGAGCGUGCGAGGCGGCACGACCGCAGCGGCUGCGGCGGAGCUUCAGGUCCCCGAGGAAGGCGAAGCCGCCUCGCGCGCGAGUCAAAUCGACCGCGCGGCCGCGCGAAGCAGUGGCGUCUUCGAGCAGCAGUGUGACGAAGCGGAGAGAGAGCGGAGAGAACGGGGGCGAGGCCUCCUUGACACGCUGGAAGUCGAUGUCGCGCAGGGACUCUUCGAGGCAAAGCCCCGACGCAGGUCGGUCGAGAGCGCAGCGGCACGCGAGGGCAGCGCGCAGCGCGCGGAGGUGGCCGACGCAGCGAGUCAAGAGCUACUCUUGACGGGUGCCUUGCCGCAGACGCCGCGCGGAGCUGCAGAGGAGGAGGCACGCGAGCUGGGCGCGCUGAGCACCGGGGCGGAGCGACGCGAAGGGGACAGGAAGGAGACGCGCAGUGGGGCGGAGCCACUCGAGAGCGAGACCGAAAUUCUUGAGCAACUAUACGUGGACUUUGUCGCCCGCAGAACCGACCAGCUCACGCGCCUCCAGGCCCCGCCCGCUUGCGCGAACCAGGCGCGAUGCGGCGGAGAGGCGUGGACCCCGAAGCUGGACGCCCGUGAGGAGGGAGAGGGCGCGGAUGCGAAGAACGAAGCGAGGCGACCGACGGCGCUCGAGGACACGAAUAACCCUAUCGCACGAGAGGAGGCGGAGGUCUCCACGCGUUCUGCUUCUCCUCCGCAUCCCCUCCCCGUUGUCGCUGCUGACGACGACGCGGUCCCGCCCUUCGCGGCUCUCCAGACUCCAGAGCAGCCAGGCGCCUCGCAAGCUCGCGCGCAGUCUCCUUCUCUGUUGCCGUCGGCUGCUGCGCGCGCCCGCCCUCGCCCCAGCCUCUCUCUCCGAGAAGAGAGAGCUGCGCCGCUGCACGGGGGGCAGCAGGAGGCGUGCAGACAGGCCCGCGCGGGCGAACUUCACCCGCGAGGAGCAGCCGCGGCGCCGCUCGCGUGCGAGGCCUCGCCCUCGCCUCCCCCUCGCCUGUCUCCUACGUCGCUGACGGGGGCGUCUCUGUCUGGGCCUCGCUGUGCGCUGUCGUCUCCGGCGGGCGUCUCAAGCGGCUCGCGGCUGGCGCUUCAGUUGGGCGCUCCUCUCCCCGCCAGCUGCCUUUUGCCUGCGCCUUCUCCCGCGCGGUCGCCCUGCCCGCUGCCGGCGCUGCUGACGUCUCGCCGCGCACGGAGCUUUCAGGCGAAGGCGAGCGACGGCUGGGCGAGCAAGGAAGACACCCGCGACGUGGGGAGCUGGAAAGCGGCCCCCGUGAAGCUAGCUGCAUGCGGCGAGAAGGCCACAUCAGCGGCUCAGAGAGAGGCGCGGCUUUCCGCGGCGCCGCCCUCGACUGGAGCGGCUGAGUGGCUGGAGACUCACGCAGAGGUUCGUUCUCUCUCGCCGUCGACGGCGUGGCUGGCUCGCGCGCCUGCGAAUCCGCCCGCUGCACACGCCCCGUUCGUCUCUGCGGCCUCCGCAGAGGGUCACCCGCCGCUUUGCGCGGCACAUGCUGCCCGCGACCAGACGCCUUUUCCUCGCCCUUCUUCGCUCGCGCGGCGCCGGCAUGUUGUCCUCCUCACGCCGCUCUCCGCCUCCAUUCCUCUGCCCGCGUUUGCCGCCUGUUUUCAUGGCUGCUCGGCGCUGCCGGCGCGCGGGCCCCUCGCAGAGGCGCUCGCGCCCGUCGCGCCCGUCGCCCUCCGCCCUGCGUCAAGCGGAGAAGACAGAGAGGGCGAGAAAGAGUCUGAUCACACGCAGGAGAGAGGCGCGCGCGCGACUCAGCGUGCGACGCAGGCAGCGAAGGCUGUGGAGGCGGCGGAGGCGCAGGGCGCGCGUGAAGAGCGAGGGAGGAUUGAGGUGCGAGACGACGCGGAGGACAGCGAUCCCUGGACGCAGAGGAGGGGCGAGGAAGCAAGACGGAGAGAGGCGCCUUUUUCCCCGCAGACGAUGAGGGAACCAGACAGGGCACAUCUUCCACCUUGCGCAGCAGCCGUGGCGGCCGCGCAGGACAGGCCGCCUCACCCACCGCCGCUCGUCCCAGCGGACGCGGUCGCGGCUCGCUCGGGCGGCCUUCGCUCUCCUCGCGGGCCGUGUGAAUCCGGGAGAGCUUCAAAUCAGCAGCAAAGAACCCAGUGCGUGUGCGUCUCCCCAGACUCCGCAGGGGCUGCUGCGGGCUCAUGCGCGUGCUCGCUGCGUUCUCUCCCGCCCCGCGCGUCAUCUGCCGCCGCGUCGCCUGAGUUGUCGUUCCGCUGUGGCUCUCGGGCAGGUCACCAGUCGCCUGCCGCCCCCUCGCUCUGCAGCCAGGCAGCCGCUUCCUCGUCUCCCUGCCUUGGGGGCGGUCCUGCUCGCUGUCGCCCUGCAGUCGGGCGGGCCUCUCUCCCUGCCUGCCCGUGGGCGGAGGCGCCGGCGUCGCUGCCGUCCGCGCUGCCCAGCUCGUCCCUUCCUUCUCUUGGGCGCAAAACAGCCUCGCUGGGUCAUCCUCCUCUUCAUCUCCCUCUUCAUCUUCUUCCUCCUUGUCAGCUUUUGUCUGCCGGUCUCGGCUCUCCUGCCUCGUCCUCUGCUCCGCGUGAGGCUGCACCUCGCGCGUGCCCGCCCGCGUCGCGGCGCGAGGCCUUUCGCGAGCCCCUGGCGGAGCCGCGAGGGAGGGCGGCGGCGCAGAGGCGUGAGAUGCAGGCUGCGCCAGAGAGCGAAGGUGGAAUCGACCCGCGGCGCUCUGCGGCGGCGCGACCUGAGUUGAUGCGAGGCGGCGCACAGCCGCGGCGAGAAGAGGCGGGCGUUCAGCGUGCGCGGCGUCAUCAGAAAGCCACGGCGGCCGUCUGGUCUGCUCUCUCCGAGGUCGCACCGCCUCUUCCAAGUCUCUCGCCUCUCGAUCUGCUGAAGAAAGCUCUGCUUCUCGCGCCGCCGCCCACGGAAAGGCCAGGGACGUCGCAUCCGUUCGCCGCUCUCGCUCCAGCUGAGAAGAGAGGCCUCUAUGCGGAAGCGCGAGAGGAAAGCAGCUGCGAGAGUCUACGGAGCCUUUGGCGCGACGACGAUGGCAGAGAGUGA